AAAUCAAAGGGUAUUGCCAAUUCGCCUAUUUAGUAUUUACAUUGUGACCCGAACGCCCGCAUAAAUUUUCCUUUUUCUCUUUCCGAAUCCCUCUUUUGUGCUCUGUUCCUGCGUUUUCGCCAAUAACCCCUUUUAAAAUUUUAUUGCAAAGUCCCCCCUUUCUUACUUUUUCACAUUUUUCAUUAAUCUUCCUCUGUUAAUAAUUAGUAUCUUGCUGUUUUGUUUCUUUUUUUAUUUUUCAUUUGCUUUGAUUUUUGUUUUCGUUGAAUCUUCUAUUUUUCGUCUUCUCCGAAUUUUGGUUUAUUGCGGUUCCUCCGAUGCGUAUCUGAUCCCCUGAUUUCCGUUCCCGAGCUACUCCAAGCGUGUUCGAGAGAUGAUGGCCAACGAAGGAAGUAAGACCGAAACCUUAGCUGCAGAGUCCCAUCUGUUCGAGAAUCGGCAUAUUGAUGCAACACAACAUCAGCCAUCUUCAUACACUGCACCUACGGCUGGAUCAGAAGCUGCUUCAUGGACUGUUCAUAGCUCCACAACAAAUGGAAUUUACUCUAAUCCACCCUACCAGUAUAAUCAGCAUCCACAACCACCUGGACGAAGCAUUCAAGAAGGCCAAAACGUAUCGUCAGUUGCUGGUAAUUCAUCAAAUUUGGGAACAGCUAAUGUACCACAAGAUUACAAUGCAUACGCAUCAUACCCAAGUUCUUCUAAUCCAUAUGGUUAUGGCAGUGCGGGAUACUCAGGCUACUAUAACAACUAUCAGCAACAACCUAAUCAUACAUAUACACAGCCUGUAGGAGCAUAUCAAAACACAGGUGCUCCUUAUCAGCCUAUUUCCUCCUUUCAGAAUACUGGGUCUUAUGCUGGAUCUGCAAGUUAUUCAAGCACUUAUUACAAUCCUGGUGAUUAUCAGACAAAUGGCGGUUACCAAAACAGUGGCGGUUAUGGAAACCAAGCAACAGGGUGGAACAAUGGAAGUUAUUCAAGUUAUUCUUCUCAUUCUUAUACAAAUUACACACCAGAUUCCACUGCCUCUUAUAGUUCCAACACUGCAGCCCCUUCUGUGCAGUAUCAACAACAAUACAAGCAGUGGGCAGACUAUUACAACCAAACAGAAGUCAGCUGUGCACCAGGGACAGAGAACUUAUCUGUCCCAAGUUCAUCUACUUUGUCAUGCUCUAUUCCUGAAGUUACUAGUAGUUAUCCAACUCCAAAUAGCCAGCCACCACAAUCAUAUGCACCAUAUUGGAGGCAAGAGUCCAGCUCUUCUGCAAUGCCUUCUUUUCAGCCUGCUGCUGUAAAUAGUGGUGAUCAUGAUGGUUACUGGAAACAUGGGGGCCAAAGUUCUCAAAUACACCACACUAAUCCUAUUCCCCCAAACUAUCAAAGUCCUUUAGAUUUAAAUAAUUCUUAUGAUAAAUUUCAGGAUCAGCCGAUGACAGCUUCUUCUCAAGGGGCCAACUUACACCUUCCUCCUCCUCCUCCUCCUCCUUCUUAUCCUCCUCCUGCUACUGCUCAACAGGUGAACCAGAUGCCCAUGCAAACUGCUCCAUCUUUGGAUACGAAACGGGUAAGUAAAUUGCAGAUUCCAACAAAUCCUCGAAUCGCUUCAAAUUUGACAUUCGGACAGCCCAAAACCGAAAAAGAUAACUCUUCAAGCAGUCCAGCAGUAAAACCUGCUUAUAUUGCUGUCUCACUUCCAAAGCCACCUGAGAAAGUGGCAUCUAAUGAUGCUGCUAACUCAAUACUCAAGCCUGGUAUGUUUCCCAAGUCUUUGCGUGGCUAUUGUGAGAGAGCUUUGGCUCGUUGUAAAGACGAAAAGCAAAUGGCAGCAUGUCAAGCUGUAAUGAAAGAGAUGAUCACCAAGGCAACAGCUGAUGGUACACUAUAUGCACGAAAUUGGGAUAUGGAACCACUCUUCCCAAUGCCAGAUGCAGAUAAUGCCAAUAAAGAUGGUUCGCCAUCUUCAACCAACGAUUCUUCAUUGCCAAAGUACAAAAGGAGUCCCAGGCGAACUAAAAGUAGGUGGGAACCAUUACCAGAGGAUAAGCCAGUCGAUAAUCCGGUGUUAGUCAGUAAUGAAACUAUCAAAUACAGCAGUUGGUUACCAAAUCAAAAGGACAGAAAGGUGGUAGCGGAGAACAACGAGAACAAGGAAGAUGGUUUGAGGAAUACUAAAUUUUCUCCAUUCUUUCAGAGAACAUCAAACAAGACACCCCAAAGGGCAUUUAAGAAGCAACGCCUUGCUGAUGCUUCUGAAAAUGGCGAUGCAUCCAGUGAUAGUGAUAAAGAACAAAGGUUGACACAAUAUUAUUCUGCUGCAAUGGCUUUUAGAGACUCCCCAGAGGAAAGGAAGAGACGUGAAAAUCGUUCUAAACGUUUCGAUUUAGGGCAAGGGCAUCGAUCAGAAAAUAAUCACUUCAGGAAAAGAAAUGCUGGAGCUGGAAACUUGUAUAAUAGAAGGGCUAGUGCCAUAGUGUUGAGCAAAGCCUUUGAAGAUGGUGUUAGCAAAGCUGUUGAGGAUAUUGAUUGGGAUGCCCUUACUGUAAAGGGUACUUGCCAAGAAAUUGAGAAGCGUUAUCUGCGAUUAACUUCUGCACCAGACCCUGCCACUGUAAGACCUGAAGAGGUCCUUGAAAAGGCACUAUUGAUGGUUCAAAAUUCCCAAAAGAAUUACCUUUAUAAAUGUGACCAGUUAAAGUCAAUUCGCCAAGACCUUACUGUGCAACGAAUACGCAAUCAUCUAACAGUCAAGGUGUAUGAAACACAUGCCCGGUUGGCACUGGAGUUUGGGGACCUCCCUGAGUAUAAUCAGUGCCAGUCUCAGUUGAAAACUCUGUAUGCUGAAGGGAUUGAAGGGUCCUAUAUGGAAUUUGCUGCUUACAACUUGCUGUGUGUUAUAAUGCAUGCAAAUAAUAACAGAGAUCUCCUAUCAUCAAUGUCAAGGUUAUCCGAGGAAGCAAAAAAGGAUGAAGCUGUAAAACAUGCCCUUGCUGUUCGUGCAGCUGUAACCUCUGGAAAUUAUGUUACUUUCUUCAGACUAUACAAAGCAGCUCCUAACUUGAACACCUGCCUUAUGGAUCUUUAUGUUGAGAAGAUGCGUUUUAAAGCUGUGACCUGCAUGUGCCGGUCAUAUCGCCCAACUGUGCCUGUUUCAUAUAUCUCUCAGGUUCUUGGAUUCUCAAAUGUAGUGCCAACAAAUGGAAUAAGCGAUGAUAAAGACACGGAUGCUUUGGAAGAGUGCUCAGAAUGGUUGAAAGCACACGGUGCAAACAUAAUUGCGGAUAACAAUGGUGACAUGGUAGUUGAUACAAAAGUUUCAUCAACUAGUCUAUUCGUUCCAGAGCCGGAGGAUGCCGUGGCUCACGGUGACACUAAUCUUGCCGUCAAUGACUUUUUUGCACGCCCACCCUUAUAGCCAA